AACCUUCCUGCCGCCGCGUUCGGACCUCGCUGCUCCAGCCUCCGGGGCACGUCCCAUCCUUCCAGCCUGCGGCCAGCAGCAGAGAAAAAAAACCCCACAUAUCGUUUUCUUGCCCCGUACACACCUUGAGGCGAGGAAAAGAAUUAAAAUAAAUUUUAAACAUGAGGGAAAUCGUGCACAUCCAGGCCGGUCAAUGUGGCAACCAGAUCGGUGCCAAGUUCUGGGAGGUGAUCAGUGAUGAACAUGGCAUCGACCCCACCGGUACCUACCACGGGGACAGCGAUCUGCAGCUCGACCGCAUCUCCGUGUACUACAAUGAAGCCACAGGUGGCAAAUAUGUUCCUCGUGCUAUCUUGGUGGAUCUGGAACCCGGGACCAUGGACUCUGUUCGCUCAGGUCCUUUUGGCCAGAUCUUCAGACCAGACAACUUUGUGUUCGGUCAGUCCGGGGCAGGCAACAACUGGGCCAAGGGCCACUAUACAGAGGGGGCCGAGCUGGUUGACUCGGUCCUGGACGUGGUUCGGAAGGAGGCAGAGAGCUGUGACUGCCUGCAGGGCUUCCAGCUGACCCACUCGCUGGGCGGGGGCACAGGCUCUGGAAUGGGCACCUUGCUCAUCAGCAAGAUCCGAGAAGAGUAUCCUGACCGCAUCAUGAACACCUUCAGUGUGGUGCCCUCACCCAAAGUGUCUGACACUGUGGUUGAGCCCUACAACGCCACCCUCUCCGUCCAUCAGUUGGUAGAGAACACCGAUGAGACCUACUGCAUUGACAACGAGGCCCUUUAUGACAUCUGCUUCCGCACCCUCAAGCUGACCACACCAACCUACGGGGACCUGAACCAUCUCGUCUCAGCCACCAUGAGCGGAGUCACCACCUGCCUCCGCUUCCCUGGCCAGCUCAAUGCUGACCUCCGCAAGCUGGCAGUCAACAUGGUGCCCUUCCCACGUCUCCACUUCUUCAUGCCUGGCUUUGCCCCUCUAACCAGCCGUGGAAGCCAGCAGUAUCGGGCCCUCACUGUGCCCGAACUCACCCAGCAGGUCUUCGAUGCCAAGAACAUGAUGGCUGCCUGUGACCCCCGCCAUGGCCGGUACCUCACUGUCGCUGCUGUCUUCCGUGGGCGGAUGUCCAUGAAGGAGGUAGAUGAGCAGAUGCUCAACGUGCAAAACAAGAAUAGCAGCUACUUCGUGGAAUGGAUCCCCAACAACGUCAAGACGGCUGUCUGCGACAUCCCGCCCCGUGGCCUGAAGAUGGCUGUCACCUUCAUUGGCAACAGCACAGCCAUCCAGGAGCUCUUCAAGCGCAUCUCAGAGCAGUUCACUGCCAUGUUCCGCCGGAAGGCCUUCCUCCACUGGUACACAGGUGAGGGCAUGGACGAGAUGGAGUUCACCGAGGCCGAGAGCAACAUGAAUGACCUCGUCUCCGAGUACCAGCAGUACCAGGAUGCCACCGCAGAAGAGGAGGAGGAUUUCGGUGAGGAAGCCGAAGAGGAGGCCUAAAGCAGAGCCCUAUCACCUCAGGCUUCUCAGUUCCCUCGGCUGUCUUCCUCAACUGCCCCUUUCCUCUCCCUCAGAAUUUGCGUUUUUCUGCCUCUAUCUUUUUUCUUUGGGGGGGGGGGUUCUAGAACAGUGCCUGGCACAUAAUAGGCGCUCAAUAAAUAUUUGUUGUUUGUUGAA